CUUCAAGGUUUUGACCGACGGCUUUGCCACUCACCUGAGGUUGCCGCCUUUGUUUAUCUACAAGUUUAGGAACCGGUUGCCGGAAUCUCCGGCUCUGACGGUAGGAACUGAGGAAGAGUGGCGUGUGAAGAUGGAGGAGGUUGGGGAGGCCCAGUGUUUCACCGAAGGCUGGUCCGAAUUUGUGAAGGACCUGCAUUUGGAGCUCCACAAUUUUCUGGUCUUUUGGUUUGAAUCCCCCUCCAAAUUCUUGGUUGAAGUUUAUAAUGAAGAUGGCUCUGCUAAGAUUCUUGAUCAUCUUCUCACUAAAGGUAAAGUUUCCCCAAAGAAGGCGUAUGCUUGUGAAAGUGAUGUAGUGCCAUUAUCAUCAGACGUACAUGUUAGGAAGAGAAAAGCGGCAUCGUUUUCUUUCGAAAUGAGACCUUUCAACAAAUACAGAGCGAGAAUUCCAGCACCUUUCAUGAGAGAGACUGGAUUGAUGGGAAUCAAAUGCUUGGUACUGAAGGAUCCACAGGAAAGGGAAUGGCCGGUGUUGAUAACUUGCCAUGAUGGGACCAGCAAGGAUAGAUGUGAUUUGUCAAAGGGAUGGACUGACUUCAGAACUCAAAAUGGCCUACUUGAUGGGGACACUUGCACCUUACACUACCCUGCUGAUGGAAGUGAAGAAGAAGAAGAACAUGGUGGUGGCUGUUUGAUCCAAGUUGAGGUGACAAGAGCAGGUAAAGUUUCCCCAGAGAAGGCAUAUGCGCGUGAUAGUGAUGUAGUGCCAUUAUCAUCAGACGUACAUAUUACGAAGAGGAAAGCCGCGUCGUUUUCUAUCGAAAUGAGACCUUCCAACAAAAACAGAGCGAGAAUUCCAGUAACUUUCAUGAGAGAGACUGGAAUGAUGGGAAGCAAAAGCUUGGUACUGAAGGAUCCACAGGAAAGGGAAUGGCCGGUGUUGCUAUCUUGCCAUGAUGGGACCAGUGAGGAGAGAUGUGAUAUCACAAAGGGAUGGACUGACUUCAGAAACCAAAAUGGCAUACUUAAUGGGGACACUUGCACCUUCCACUAUAUUGCUGAUGGAAGUGAAGAAGAAGACGAAGAAAAAGAACAUGGUGGUGGCUGGUUGCUCCAAGUUGAGGUGACAAGAGCAGGUAAAGUUUCCCCAGAGAAGGCAUAUGCACGUGAAAGUGAUGUAAUGCCAUUAUCAUCAGACGUACAUAUUAGGAAGAGGAAAGUGGCAUCGUUCUCUAUCAAAAUGAGACCUUCGAACCAAUCAAGAGCGAGAAUUCCAGCAUCUUUCAUGAGAGAGACUGAAAUGAUGGGAAGCAAAAGCUUGGUACUGAAGGAUCCACAGGAAAGGGAAUGGCCGGUGUUGAUAUCUUGCCAUGAUGGGAACAGCAAGGAGAGAUGUGAUAUGACAAAGGGAUGGAGUGACUUCAGAACCCGAAAUGGCCUAGUUAAUGGGGACACUUGCACCUUCCACUACACUGCUGAUGGAAGUGAAGAAGAAGAACAUGGUGGUGGCUGGUUGCUCCAAGUUGAGGUGACAAGAGCAUGUGUUAGGCCAUAGCCAAUGUUAAGUAGAUAGCCAUCCCAAUAAUUGAGCAGACAUGCUCUGAGUAAGUAAUAAUAUUAGUUUGACAUCAACUCUGAGUUUUGAAACCAUCUCAAUUUUUGCUCUCCUAGACAUGCGCAUGGUGUGUGUAUGAGAGCAAAAGUGAGUAUGUUGGUGUUCAUUGUUGUGUAUUUUAAGCAUUUAAUUUGUAUACAUUAUUAAUUGCUAUCUAAUUUGUACACCAGCUUUGUAAACUAACAUGCAUAAGGCAAGACUUCUGGUAUGAACUUCUAAGAUAAAAGUCAGCUUAGCCUUAGCUUGGACAGGGUAAUGAGUAUUAAUAAACUUUACUCGCACAUGUGCAUAACCUUA